UGUACAUAAUCAUUUAGAUAUAUGCAUUCAGAUAGAUACACGUUCGGAUACAUAUCAUAUUGAUUUUUUAGAUUUGAAAUUAAACUUCGUUCGCAUAUUUUAAAUAUCCAGAAGGGGUUCGAAUCAGAUUUUUCCGAGUCCGGUUAAAUUCGUAAGAACCUAAAAAUAUCUAAAUAACCGAUAUUUAUAUAUUUAAAAUGUCAUUAAACAAUUUGUAAAAAAAAUAAAUUAAUCCAGCACAGGCGUGCGAAUCACCUCUAGGCUCUAGUACAAAUUAAAGGGGAAAAUUGGAAAUUUGGAAUGGCCGUGAAGAUAUAUAUUAGGGUUUCGUUUUGUUUUGGUCAAAAGAUAGAAUCAUCGAACCAUGAAAAGAGCUAGGAGGAAGAAGACGAUCGAGAUCAAUCAGCAAUGUCUAACGAAGAAAGAAGAUGAAAACGAUCCGUUUUCGAUUAUUCCACUAGAUCUGAUCGUAGAGAUUCUCCUGAAAGUUCCGACCAAAUCUGUAGCCAGUCUUGUCUUCGUUUCAAAAAAAUGGUUAUCCCUAAUACGCAGCAAAGAUUUUAUCAACCUGUACCUGGCUCGAUCUUCACCACGGAUUCUUUUAGCAGUCUUCGGCACUAACGUGGAAGAGCAGUUCUUACAAACCUGCUCUCAGGUUGAUCCAUCUUCUGAUCGUCAUAGGUUAAACAUAACUCCACACAAGGACCAUGUGGCUGCUUUUUCUCCACCAAUCCGCGGCUUGUUCUGCCGUCUAAUGGAUUUGAAAGUGAUAAUUUCAAACCCUAGCACGGGCCAGUUCUUAACGUUACCUAGAGUCAAAACUACAAGAAGAGGUAUAAUAUCCUUUUUUGGGUAUGAUCCAGUGAAUGAUGUAUACAAAGUGUUAUGCAUGACGAUACUACAAGGUCGUCAAAGACGUGGAUCAAAAGUUGUGUCGGAGGAGCAUCAAGUAUACACUCUAGGAGCCCAACGAAAAUGGAGAAUGAUUGAAUGUAAGCAUCCUCAUCUUCCUCAUCCUUGUGCUAUUACUAAAGGGAUAUGCAUAAAUGGGAUAUUGUAUUAUUAUGCUUGGAUAAAAAACGAAGCAUCCUUGAUAAGCUUCGAUCUGAUAUCUGAAGAGUUUAAUGCCAUUAAGUUACCUGAGGAUAUCCCAUGUGUAGUGAACUACACUGGAAAGGUAGCUAUAACGAGUUGGCCUACCCGUAACGGUGAAGUUCACUUAUGGAUUCUAGAAGAUGCCAAUAAACAAGAAUGGUCAAAAGUUUCAAUUGUUGUUCCUUCUUGGAUAGAUUUAAUAGACAUUCAUCAUGGAUACAGAUUCAGGGGUACACUUAGUACUGGCGAGCUUAUAUUUUCACCUUGGACCCUUCCCAUUAACCCGUUAUAUUUCAUCAGUUACAAUCUCAAGGAAAACAUUGCCAAGAAAGUUGUGGUUGAAGAACUUGAAGAACCCGAUGCUUCUCGCGAAGUAUAUUUUGAUCAUGUAGAGAGUCCUAUGUUCUGUCAAAUGUAAGUGAAUCCUUUUGAUGUUGCCUUUCAUUUUGAUCAUGUGUUGGACUUGGCUGUU